AUGAGAUUUGGCAAGAGUGGAAAAUUAUCUCGUCAAUUUAUCGCCCCUUUUGAUAUCAUUGAACCAAUUAGAGAAGUUGCAUAUCGUCUUGCUUUACUGCCACAACUCUCCGAGGUUCACAAUGUGUUCCACGUGUCCAUUCUCUGCAAAUACGAACCUGGCCCCUCUCACGUGUUAGAUUGGACAGAGAUUGAAGGGGAUGAAGAUGUGUCAUAUGAAGAAAGAACAAUCCAAAUUUUAGAUACAUGGGAACAAGUGUUAAGGGGUAAGAAAAUUCCGUUAGUUAAAGUAUUGUGGCUCCAUCACGGUGUUGAAAAAGCGACAUGGGAAUGUGAAGCUGAAGUCCACUAG